CGCCCGAUGAUGACACGACAAAAGCUGAUUGAUUAUCAAAAGGAUCAAUCGUUAAAUUAAAUCUCAAGGAUCAUGAUCGACGGACGCUUCCGCCUCCGUCUCCGUCUCCGUCCGCUGGGAUCUGUACCCCUGCUGCCUCCACUUCACAUCACUUUAUAUCGCACCGAGAUUUCCCAUCCGUGUCCUGCGAACUCAUGGGCUUUGCUCAAACUGCUCUUGUCAAACACUCGAAACGCGUCGGAGCAAAGAUGAAGUCUCUUCUCGGCCCUCUCCUCCUCGGCGCGUCGCGUCUUGCAACCGCGACAAAUGGUGCUGAUUCGCUGGUCGCCCGUGCAGAAUCAUCGCUGAAGUGGGAGCCUUGCAAUCUCGAUCUCCCUGAUGCGGCAAAAGAGCUGCUGAAGGCUGGUGAUUGUGCGACUAUUAAGGUUCCUCUGGAUUAUACAGACAAAAAGUCCGAUAAGACAGUUGAGCUUCAAUUGAUCCGCUAUAAUGCCACAAAGGAGCCUUUCAAGGGCAGCGUUCUCUGGAACCCCGGCGGUCCGGGGAUUUCUGGCAUCGAGACCCUCGCUUAUCUCGGACAGGACUUCCGCGACAUUAUGGGCGGCCAUCACAACAUCAUCUCAUUUGACCCUCGAGGCGUUGGACGAACCAUCCCCUUUGCCUGCGGCAAGAAUGCUUCUGCUGAACUCACCCGUCGCAGCCUGGAACCACUGCCUCAAGCAGAUCUCUGGGAAUAUGUAAAGAACGAGGGCUGGCAGACUAUGCAAGCUAUUGCUGAGUCCUGCUACGAAACCCAGCGGGAACACGGCCGCUUUCUCAGUACUGCCUUUACUGCUCGCGACAUGAUGAAGAUUGUCGAUGCUCUCGGUGAAGAUGGCAAGCUUCGCUUCUGGGGUAUUUCCUAUGGCACUAUUCUUGGUCAGGUCGCAGCUGCGAUGUUUCCUGAUCGCAUUGACCGUCUUCUUCUUGACUCGAACUCUUUGGCUGAUGCGUAUCUCACGUCAACUGGUGUUGGUGGCCCUCACGACGCUGAGAAGUCGCUUGUGCAUUUGUUCACUGAGUGCGUUGAGCUCGGUACCAAAUAUUGCAAGCUGGCCAACUACUCUGGUAGCAGCACUACUGUUGAGGAUUUGAGAGAUGCUACGGUCGAGACCUUCCAGAAGUUGAAGGACCUGAAGACUCUACCUGAUGGUCUUUCACCCAAAGACUAUCCCUACGCUGGCAACUCUAUGUUGAAGCAGCUGAAGUACGGCAUUAUGAACUUUCUGUCAAGCCCUUUCAACUAUCCCUCAGUGGUAGAGAUUCUGUCUUACGCUUUCGAGGGAGACUACAAGAAGGCUCUCAGCAUCUACAAGGAGGACACAUCUGAGUGGAACCUUGGUACCAACGCAUUCCAGGGUAUUGCUUGCUCCGAGUCUUCGUUCCGUGUCAGCAACCCCGAGGACCUUUACUCUAUGUACCAGGCGCAUCUCGCUGGAAGCUCCUUCGGAGAUGCCAUCGCCGCUGACUAUAUCGCCUGCGGUGCUUGGAAGUUCGACGCCGCUGAGGGCGUUGAUACCAACACGCUUCGAAACGUCAACACAAGCUUCCCAGUCCUCGUAGUCAACAACGCAAACGAUCCCAUCACUUCCCUCAACCAUGCUUGGCAGGUGUCUUCUCGAUUUAGAGAGAGUCGACUAUUGAUCAACGAGGGAGUUGGGCACGGAGUCACAUCGCAUGCUUCUAACUGUACACUUGAGGCUAUUGCUGCCUACUUUGUUGAUGGUACCCUUCCAGACGUUGGUACGAGGUGCAAACCUAACAUGCCCGCUUCCAAGGUCGCUCUCCCCAACGCAUAAAGUGCUUGGCCUGGUGCUGCUGCAGAAGACGGUGAGGAUGAGGAUAAGGUUGUAAGACGUUUGUAUCACUAUAUAUCAUGUAUUAAAAUGGCCUGUUCCCAGAAAAAGCGUGAUAACUGCAUACCGCUAGUGCAUCAUCGGCCGCCCUUCAUCGGCCGCCCUUGUCUGUGCCACCUGAUAACCCUGCCAGCAACGAGACAUGUAUUCUUUCAAGACGGAGUGGACGGAGGAUGUGGUGAACCCGUCUUCAACAAAAGAGUAAGGUUAAAAAUAAAACAGCAAAAGGUCUAGCUCGUAUGCUUAUCCAAAC